AAUUUGAGCAGUUUAAAAACACAUUGUUGAAAUCUAACAUGGCAGCUGUUGUGAAGAAAAAACAAUUUUCUCUUAAAGUUUUAUCGAGAAACCCAGAAAACUACAAAAGAGAAACAAAACUAGACAUUCACAGAGGUUAGUUAAUUUGAAUUUUAGGUUUUUAAAAUGUUUUACAUUUUUAAUGGCUGCGGCUAUUCAAAUUGGUACGCUUCGCCUAACUGGAACUUAACUUACACUUACACAUUAUCAUAAUUAUCAUUAAACUUACUUAUACUUCUAGUCUAGUAGUCCCUAGACUAGUGUCUAAGUCUAGUUCAGUAGCACUAGUCUAGUUGGUGAUAGAUUAAUGCAGAGCAGUAUUGAUAAUUGAGUAAGUGGUUCCAGUCUUGGUACUCAUUAAUUUUUUAAUUAAAUCACUGAAUUCAUUCAUGUGACCGUGUUCCUAGCCUAAAACUAAAACAGAGUGAGAUUGGCCAAAGUUUCUCUGUUGUUAUCUUUAAGUUUAAGUCAUUUUAUUGUUAUUUUAUUUAACUAAAGUAACAAGAUUUUUUUUAAUAUGCACACUUUGUAUGCAGUAAAACUAUUAUUAUGGUAAUUAUAGAUAUAUUAUGCCUAUAUUUAGAUACUUUGGUCAAAAAUGUAAACAUUUUUUAAAAAUAAACCAAUGGCACAGUUGAAUAGAGCUAAUUUUAAACAUAAUUAUAACACCAAAAUCAUAUUUUUAGCUGUUGUAGUUUUAAAGUUAUGAAUUUUUAAAGUACGACUUGGUUUGUCCUUUUUUAACAUAGACUGCAUCUCCACAUUCUGUGACCUCAUUCCGCUGAUCGCGUCAUGCGCAAUGACUAUAUAGUUUAUAUAAGGCAACGUAUUCCCUUAUCACUAAAAUACUGUUUAGGGUCGACUUAUUUUAAACUUUCAACUUUGGCACAUGAAUAAUUAAUAAAAGCUUUCCCUUACCAAUGGUUUAGUAGCUUUUGCACACGGAAAACUCUUAUGAAUGAAACUCUGAGAUAGUACUACAACGUAGCCGUUAUGCAAGUGGCUGUGAAUGGUUGCCAAUGACAACGUGUUGCACACGGAAAAUUCUGAUCAUUUAUAUUAUGGACUCUGCAGGGUUUUUAAAGCUCAAAUUAAAACAUUUCCAGUUUAAAUGUCUUCAAAAUGCAUUCUGAAACACAAAUUAUAAAAUAUUUUGAUGUAUAUAGUGGUAAUAAUUAAAUAUUUCCUAAGUAUCGGCAACUUCCGCCAUUAAAAAGGGGGCGUGGCCCAAGCCAUGUCGAAAUUAGGCUGAGCCACCUUAUGGUGAUAUGGGUCACUGUGACAAGUGUAACAAACGUGGGACACGACCUACAUCAAUGAAACUUGGCACAGAUAUAGAUCAAUAUCUAAUGCUCAUACAGAUUUAAUAAAAAAGGACCUUAUCUUAUAAUUAGGCUGAGCCACCUUAUGGUGAUAUGGGUCACUGUGACAAGUGUAACAAACGUGGGACACGACCUACAUCAAUGAAACUUGGCACAGAUAUAGAUCAAUAUCUAAUGCUCAUACAGAUUUAAUAAAAAAGGACCUUAUCUUAUUAUUUCACAAAAAAUUUUGUAUGCGAAGAUGCCUUAUAUAUACCAAAGAUUUUCAAGAUAAAGGUCGAUUGAAAAAAGCAAAAUAGCUGGCUAGAAAUGUAGGCCAAGAUGUCUUCCAAAUUAUAAGGCCGGAAACAGAACUCAAAUAUAUGUGGAAAGAACUAAUUUAAUAAUAAAUAGACACACACAUCGGAAAAUUAAAAACUCGUAUUUUUCGGCGCCGACGCCCAUUUCCGAUACAAAAAAAAUAGUAGUCUCCCUUCUUUCAUCGAAGUAUCUAGCCUAUAUUAAAGUAUAUUUUAGGUACACCAAUACUGGACGUCGCUGGCAAAAAAAUGACGGCUUUGCGAGGUACAUUUCUGUGACCAGCCGUGAAGGGCGGGUUUCGGUAUACGUCAGGCUUUGUCGUUCCUAUGCAUCAUUUUUUUAAAAAGAAAUAAGUUUCAGUCUUAAGACUGAAGAAUUCCGGUCACAAUGGUAUAAAUGCUGUGUCAUUCUGACCUGUCUCAGACGAACAAUUGGAGCGCGAACCGUCGCUAAGUUUAAACUCGUGUUGAUUUUUUUGCAUGGUGGAUGCGACAUUCAAACUUUAAGACGAGCUAGCUUGAUCGCAGUAACAUUGAAAGCAUUUAUUAACAUUACUGAAAAAAUUACUGGCUAUUUCUAGAAUUUAUGAUACCGAGUGAACAAAAAAAAUCCACAUGUUAUGAAAAAACGGCGGCCAUCUUUUUUUACAUUAUUUUAUUGACCGUAGGGAGGUGAAAUUAUUUGGAAAUAAAGGUGUAAAUAAAACAUUUCUUAAUCAUUGAAACAUCUGAUUAAACAAAUGUUUUUGAUUCUUAUAUGAUUAAACAAUAUAAAUGUAUACAAAAAAUAAUAAUUUGUUUUAAAUUAAUUGUUUGUACAAUCAUUCUUUAUAAAUAAGAAAUUGAUCAAUUUGCCAAUAAUAGUAAUAGGAAUUAAAUUUGCCAAUAAUAGUAAUAGGAAUUCUUCUUUUUUUCAACAAUAAUAACAAUGUAUUUAUUCUCUAUUAUUAUUAGAUAAACUAAGACAACUAGACCUCUAUUAAUACUAGAAUAAAUUAAUGAAAUAAAUAAAUUUUGAUACUAGGGAUAUUUCUUUAAUUGAAAUUUAAUUGAAAACAAUCUUCUUUUUUGUCAGUGUACUCUAUUUGUUAAUGUUAUCCAUCCCUGUUUAUCUUCCACUCAGUCCACUGCUCUUGAUUAACCUUUUUGAAGACGUAACCUCGAUUGUCAUUAUCUAUAUUUUUAUUCUGAUCUGCAUUUUAUUUAUUUUAAAUUUACCUUACUUUUAGAUGGACAUUAUCUGUCCGUAUUGAAAAUUUUUAUAGUAAUAGCUUUAAUGGUUUAGUAAUUAUGUCAUUUUUUUAAAAAAAUAAAUUUUUUGACAAUUGUCAUUAUCCACGCCAUAUGCUUAUAAAGUCAUAUUUAAUUAAAUAUAAUAAGUUAAUUCACAAUUCAUGUGUUUUAUUCUGUUAAACAUUGUAUUGUAAAUGUAUCCUCCAAAUUUUGAGAGCUCUAACUUUAAUAGCCAAAAAAAUACAAGCAAAAUAGUACAAAAAGAGUAAUAAUGCCAUCACAGUUAAAAAAUUAAGUGCAAAGCCAAAUAGUGGGGAAAAAUAAAUCACUAAAAAUUUCAUAAAUGUUUUCCUAUAAAUGAUAGAAAGAUUAUCUUGGUGUCAUUGGAAAGCUUAAAGCCAGCUCUUUCCUAUGAUAUGCUCUAUGUCUGUGUGAAAAUUUCAGUUGGAGUACCUAUAUAUUUUAAUUAAUUAUUUUAAUCAUAAUAAUUUGCACAUUCAUAUGCAAAUUACAAUAAAAUUAUUUCUCAGCCUCAGCUGGAUUUUAAAGCUUUGACUUUGAUGGCAUUUUCCAAAUCUUUUUCAAAGUAUCAAAAUAGCAAUUUGAAGCUAAAAUUACUUCAGGAUUCAUUAUCGCACUGAGGUGUUGUCACUAGUACAAAGUAGUAAUAAAUAAAUGGCUCAAUACUUUGCCAGCGUGAUUAAAAGCAGGUUUUUAAAGUUCCGGUUUUGGUUUGAUUUGAUUGGCUGGACUGCCAAUAGCUUUCUAGAAGCUAUUGGUAGAUUAGUACAAAUAGCUCCCUAGAAGCUAUAGGUAUUAAGCUACCAAUAGACACUUUUUUUAAAUUGUAUUUUCUAUCUUUAUCUAGUCCUUUAAGUAGGCUUACUUGCCGGGUCUUAGUUAAGUCUAAGUCGCUGCUUAUUAUUAAUAUUAGUACCUUAAAUUAGUGUUUAGCUAACUUAGGCUAGGCUAUACUGUUUCAUGUGUUUGGUAAUAAAUAUGUAACUUAGACUAGUCCUAUGUCUAUAAUGAUAUAAAAACACUAUAGUCUCAAAUAGACCCUAAUAACAUAGUCAACAAAGCACUCUCAAGUUUCUAUCAAUUUGAUAUUGAUUACUAUGAUUAUAGGCAUUUUAGUUACUACUUCAGUAUAAAAAAAUUAUAUAAAUAUGACAGUUUUAUAAAGCGAAUUUAAAAAAUGAAACAGAAUCAACUUUCUAGCUUAAGUUCUUUUUGAGCUAUGAAUUUUUAAAGUGGGAGUUCAUUUGGUAUUUUUUUCUAUGGACUGCACUCCAAUCUACCAUUUGUAUAGAAGAUUUUGGAGAAAGUCGUUCUCCGCCAGCUCCUGACUCACCUCACUCAGUGCGACUUGUUUGAGCCUUUUCAGCCAGCAUACAGGGCUCAUCACUCUACCGAGACAGCCCUGUUGCGCGCCAUAAAUGACCUCCUGUCAUCUUGUGGUGAGGGCAAGAUAUCACUUUUGUCGUUAUGUGAUUUAUCAGCUGCGUUCGAUACGCUUGACCAUGGCAUACUUCUCCAACGUCUGGAAAAUACGUUCGGUUUCAAUGAUACCGUCCUGAAAUGGUUCUGCUCGUAUCAGAAAAAUCGGGUCCAAUCAGUUAUCGCAAACAGCUUGACCUCGAAGCAAUCUAUCAUUGAAUUCGAAGUACUCCAGGGCUCGGUCCUAGGCCCGGUGCUUUUCACUAUGUACGUUCAGCCUCUGGGUGCAGUGAUCAAGCAGUUUAUAUGAUAUAUCACAUGUUCGCGGAUGAUACCCAACUUCUUUGAUCCCCUCUCAGUUCCCUCAGCUUCUUAGUAUGACACAGAAGACAGUGGAGUCAGUUAAGCACUGGAUGACCAUAAACAAGCUUAAAUUGAACGAUGAAAAGGCCGAGCUGAUCCCCAUUUCUACUGCUCAAAAGCUAAAAUAUUUAAAGAACACACAAACCCUUACUCUCUCAGGUAUACAGAUUGAGUAUGCAAAACCCGGGUGUCUACUUAGACAGAACACUAACUAUGGAAAAUCACAUUAACAGGCUUUGGAAGGCGAUUUUUCUAGAGCUGCGCAGAAUUAGUCAUAUUAGACCUUUCUUAACGUUAGAUUCAUCAAAGAGGCUGGUGUCUGCAUUCGUGCUAUCAGGCAUGGACUACUGCAAGGCUCUUAUGGUGGGUCCUCUAGCUACGCUCCUGGAUAAAAUUCAAAAAGCACAGAAUAAUGCGGCUUGUAUUGUUCUUCGAAAACGCAAAUUCGAUCAUGCUAAAAUACUUCUGAGAGAGUUGCAUUGGCUGCCGGUCCGCUCUUGCAUAGAGUACAAAAUUGCAACUCUGUGCUACCUACCGCUGCUUGCAUGACCUGGCACCAUCCUAUCUCAAAGCGCUACUGACACCUUAUGUACCCACUAGACAACUCUGCUCAUCUGAAAGUGACAGACUCUCGAUACCACGUGUUUGCCUUGAGACUUACGAGGGGCGCACUUUCGGAUUUGCUGGCCCUGUCGCUCUCAGAAAUAGUCAGACACUGGAUUCUUUCAAAACUGAUUUGAAGACUUAUCUAUUUCACAAACACAUGCUGAGGUGAUGUUGUCUAUCUAGCUAUUAUCUUGUAGAUGUAUAUUGGCCUGUGCUGUUUAUGGUUGCAAGGUAUAAGAGACUUAGAAUGGGUAGUUUUUGUAAUGUUGCAUUUUGUACUUCAAUUUGGUAUGUACCGCGCUUCGAGCCUUUGGGGAUGAAGCAUUAUUUUCAAAUAAUCUUUAUUAGUAUUAUAUUGUGACCCUAUUCCGCUGAUAGCGCUAUAAAUCUUCUUUAAAUGAUAGUUUUAUUAAACUUUUAUUUUUAGGAUUAAGGCUAGUUUAUUAAUUUUAAUUUUAUAAAUUUUAAUGUACCUAGCUAUGUAAUAUUAUUAUUAAAUUUAAUAACUAUGAAAUGGAUGUUCUGCUCACUUAGUCUUAGGCUUCCAUUAUAUUUUAUUUAUAUAUAGACAAUGUAAGGCAAGGCUGCUCCUAAAAAUAAUCCUGGUUUGGGACUGCUCAUUUUGAACUUUCAACUUUGGCACAUGACUAAUUAAUUAAAGCUUUCCCUGGCCAAUGAUUCAAUAGUGUUUACACAUGGCAAUCUCUUAUGAAUGAAGCUAUGAGAAUAAUACUCUAGUAGUAUAGUACAUGCUAGUGACUGUGAAUGGCUGCUCAUGAGAAAUGGCACAUGUAUACAUCAAGCUAUAAUGUGACAGACAUAUAUUUUGAACUUCUUCCACAAUUUUGGGAAAAUUACGAUGAAAAUGUAGGCCAAGAUGUCCACUACUGUAAAUGUGUUUAUGAAUACCCCAAUUAAUGUCAAAAUAGUCCUUUCAUCAAUGAAAAUGCACCAUUUUCCAAAAGAUUAAAAACUUACAUUCUUCUGUGCCAAUUCCCAUUUCCCAUACAAGUAGUCUCCCUUGCUUUACAGAAUUGCCUACUAUGAAUUUUCUUAGAAUAGACAUAUCGUUUUAUUAUCAAACACUUUUGUUCUAAAUAGAAUUUGAGGUCUUAACUUUGAAAAUUGAAGGUAAAAUAAUGCUAACUUACAUUCAUAUUUUUUGUGUGUAUAAUUUGUCUUUUUAAAGUAAAUAACUUGAUUUACACUGGAAAUCUAGAGUUUUUGCUCCAUAAUAACUCAUUUAGAAUUUAAAAAAAAAAAUAAUUUAAUAACACAAAUACAUAUUUUUAAUAUGCUUUUAUUGAGGGAAAUUGACUUUGGGAGUGUGUAAAAUAGCUCUUAAUUAAUUAACCUCAUUAUUAUUACAAUUAAUUUAUUUAUAUAUAUAGACCUAAACCCACCACAACUUAUUAUUUGUAUGACACAUUAUUCAUUUGAUGUAAGUAAUGGUAUUUUAAUGAAUAUUAUGAUGAUUCUUAAGGAUAAAUUAAGUUGAAAUGUUAAAAAAAGAUUCACUUACCUUUGAUAUUGAAAUAUCCAUUAAUUAAUCACAUAUCACUAUAUUCCACAAAAGAAUUAUUAUAUAAUCCUCGGUAUUCUCAAAGAAAUAAUGCACUUUCUGCCACAAUAAUCCAAGAAUAUUUUAGAUAUUACUUAAAAUAUUUUGCUGAAUAUUAACAAAGACUAAACUUAUAUUUUGUAGCUUUAUUUAGAAGAAUUUCUCAUUAAAUAUGUUCCCUGUAAAUAUUUUAUUUUUAUCUCAUUGCAUAAUAGAGUUACAGGGCAAAAAAUAUAUGCAAAAAAAACUGGUCAUGAAAUGUGGAGGACAACUCCAUAACAAAAAAGUGAAUUUUAGGUCCUUCUAAAAAAUUCAUACUUUUUAAACCAUUUGAGUGAGAAUGUUGAUUUGGUGCUUUUGUAGACCAUUCACUGUGCUGAUCUUAGCCUGAGGUUACUAUGUUUGCCUCAAAUUUAGCUUAGGUUAAUAGAAUUUAAUUUGUUUCAGCUCCAAUAAACCCAGAAGGAUAUCUCCACCCAUUUGCAAUCGACAGAGAAUAUCAGCGAGCCUUGAAUGCUACAAAAUUAGAACGAGUGUUUGCAAAACCUUUCUUGUGUGGCUUGGAGGGUCACAGAGAUGGCAUAGAAGCUUUAGCAAAGUUCCCAACACGACUUUCACAUGUCUUGUCUGCUGCUAGUGAUGGGGAGGUAAAUAAACAUGUCCAUAUAUGUUUCUAAUUACAUAAUUUCCCUUUUUUUUAAUCAACUUUCAUUGGCACUUGCAAACAAUCACUUUGAUCUUUAAUUUAAAACUAAAAUUAAAUCGCAUGCGAUGUUUUGUUACUUAAUGAAAAAAUGCAUAAGAAAGAAUACCCAAUCUAUUCUAUUACUUGGAAUUAAAGUUUUCAGCAUGGUUUUUAUAAAACAACUCAAAAUAUUUUUUUUCCUUAAUUUAGAUUCGAUUAUGGAACUUGGCAACAAAGCGCUGUGUGAGCAGUGUCUUGGCACAUGAUGGACUUGUUCGUGGCUUGUGUUCACACAGAAGUGGAAACUUCUUCAUGUCUGUUAGUACAACAUCAUCCAUUGUAUCACAGUGAAUAAAAAUAAAUAAUAUUUUGAGCACCUUAAAAUUUUAAGUCUUUAUUGGAGGUUUGUUGAGGCUUGAAUUUCUUCUAAUAGGUGAACUCAUUCAAUAUGUUAUUUAUGUUAAAACUAUUUUAAGUUUUUUACAUCUAUUUUCAAGCUGAGUUUACUUUCUCUUUCCUAGUGUGGUCAAGAUGCAAACAUUAAAUUCUGGGCAUGUUCUGAAGAGGGCAAUAUCACACAGGAACCUAUUAGGACAAUACUUAAUAAGGUAACUUUUAUGUUAAGGUUAUAACAAAAUCGUUUGUGAAAGGAACUGAACAGUCAUGAUAUAAACUAAAAAUUUGUUUUGGAAAGUCACAAGUGUUUAUAGUAAUAUGAUAGCAAAGCAUGAUAAAAAUCUUGCAUUUUGAGCCACUGGUAUUUUAAUAUCACUGAACAUGCUGUAGGAUCACUGCAUUUAAUACACAUUGUGUUGAUUUAAGGAGAAAAAUAAAAACAUGUACUUUUACAAAAUUCUCUGCUUAAAAAAUCUUUGUAUUUAAUGACCUGUCUACAGCUUUAUGAUAUUCCAAAUUGUUGCCAUAUUCCUUAGUUACUUGCAUUGUUACAUUAAAAUACAUUUAUUAUCAACACUAUGAAUUUUUCAGCAAGUUUAUCAGGGCAUUGACCACCAUGAACAUGAAGAUAUUUUUGUCACCUGCGGCCAGUCUUUAGAUGUUUGGGCAGGUGAUAGGGCACAGCCAUUUCAGUCUUAUACUUGGGGACUGGACAGCAUGCACCAUGUCAAGUUUAACAGAAUUGAGGUAAGGGGCCCUAAAUAGUCAUUUUUAUUGUAAACCAGGUUUGCAGGUUUCAAUCUUUUAUUGAUAUCAUUGAGUAUAUUUUUUCCUGAUCAACUUCAUGGUCUCAGGGCUGAUCUCUAGUUCUCCAACUAUCGUUAUGUCAUGUAACACACUUACCCACACCACAGUCUGUGAAGUAGAAUGAAAGAUAAUUAAUUCAUUUCACGUCCUAUUUUGUGGUAGGAUACCCUAUUUAAUUUAGAAUUACUCUGGGGCUACUUGACCUUGGUUUCUCUCUAUGCCACUGACCAAUUUGUCAGUCUGUUAAAACCCAAGGACCCUAACAUAUUAAAAGGUUUAGUUUGAAAUCAUAGAUGUCUCUCCAACAUAGAUUGAUGGAUGCCUUGUUAACAGGGCCUACUUGGAAUUUUCUUAGGUUAUUUGAUACUAGUUUUGUGAACAGUUUCUUUCUUUCUUUUUUUUAAAUAAAAAUGUUGAAAAGAUAAUAGUUCUGAAAUGUGUUUUUGAGGCUUAUAAAUACUUUACCCACAUUUCAGACACAUUUAGUGGCAGUAGCAGCAGAUGACAGAAGUAUUAUGUUGUACGACACACGAGGGGGCUCUGGUGUUCAAAAGGUUUGCAUUCAUCCCGUUUUUUUAACACAAAAAUAUAAAAUUUUAGUGCUUAUAUUUUUUGAAAAUAUCUUUUUGUUAGGUUGAUUUGUUAUUGGAGUUCGUUUGUUUAUACAGUUGCUUAACUACUUUUAUCAGAGCUAUGCCCAAUAAUCCUUUUUAUUAAAACCUUAAUAUUAACUUAGCUUUUGUUCGUGGCUGGCUGGCAAAAUCUUUGGAAGGCUAAUUAUCCCACUUCCCGUCAUCCUAUCGAGAUGAAACUUGGCACAUAGAAUUGUUGCAGAUGACAACACUUUCUAUCAAAUUUUCAGCCCGACAAAACCAACCCUAAAAAAAAUCCUGGUUUUCAAAGGGAAGAUUAAGGAAAUAUGAUGCCACUGAUUUCACAAAAUAAUAUUACCGAUCUGCACUAAAUGAGAUUCUUUAAAAAAAUAUUGCAAGUGCGUUUAGGCAUAAGGAUCAAAAGGAAAUAGUGUACACCAAACGCACUUGUGUAAUAUUUUCUUUUGUUUUUCUGAAAUAGUUCGUGAAAUAAAUCUGCUGUGUAAAAUCGGGUUGGACAUUAGAGUGUAUAUAUAAAAUUAAAUCAUUAAAAAAAUGCCUUUAAAGAAUUUACACGAAAAACUUUUUCUUUUAAGGGUUGUUUAAUUACCAACUCUAACUUUAUAUAGGUCAUCUAUCAUAUAUAUAAAUAUUGUUAUAUUUAACUUGCUUUGUGAAUUUCAUUCCAAUUCUCUUGGUUCACAAAGCCCCACAUUGCUAAAGUUGAUUGCACAUAUUAAAAAAAUCUUCUUAAAUUGAAGUGUCUAAAUAUAAAGCCAUUUCAGGUUCUUUUUUAAAACUUUUUUUUAUGCUUUUUUAAAACUAUUUUGUAUCCAGCUUAUUAUGAGAAUGAGGUCCAAUGCAAUCAGCUGGAAUCCCAUGCAAGCCUUUGUGUUCACUGCUGCCUGUGAUGAUUACAAGUAAGUUGUUUGCAUUACUGAACAACUCUAACUGCUCUCUCUGUAUCUGUCUCUGUGCUCCAUCUCUCUCUGAGCUACCAUUUUACCAUAAUAAAUCUUACAGCUAGUUGGUACCAUUUCCAAAAAGCUCAAACUUUUCUCUCUCUCUCUCUUUCUCUCUCUCUCUCUCUCUUUCUCUCUCUCUCUCUCUCUUUCUCUCUCUCUCUCUCUCUCUUAGCUAACUGUUAACCAUAAUAUGCAUUGUAUCACUAUUUGGGGAUACCAGGGAUCUUACUGACCAUCCUUCACUUAACUUCUUAAGUGUUGAAUUUACUUUAUGAUUUGCUUGAAUUAGAGGGGCCAUCAAGGUAGUCCCAGAAGAAUUUUUAUUUCUUUUUGGGAAUGUGGAGUUGUGGGGUGUUUUAUUUGAUACAAGUAAGGGAUGUUUUACUACACAUGAUAUUUGCAGGUUAAGUAGUAAGAGAUGCCAGAAGGAUCAAUACAUUUAUUGUGGGCCCUCAAAAUAAAGAGGAAGAAGAGAGAAGUUAUGUGACCUUUUUUUUUAUUUCAGCCUGUAUACAUAUGACAUCAGAAAUCUGAGCAUAGCAUCCAACAAACAUGAAGACCACAUAGGUGCAGGUACUGUACUCAUGCAUUUUGUUGCAAGUUAUGUUGCAAACACCCAUUUCAAUUUAAACAUUAAAUCAGGAUAUUAAAUUUAACAUUGAAUGCGAUAUAUAAAAAUCCCUGAAUGCAUAAAUUUACUUACGAAUUUGUUCAUGUGUCCCUGUUCAUCUGUUUAAUUUAAUGUACACUUUUGCCCCCCUCUCACACAUUAGUCAUGGAUGUUGACUAUGCACCCACUGGGAAAGAGUUUGCGACUGCUGGCUAUGACAGGGCUGUUAGAAUUUUCAAUGCUGUCGAGGGUCAUAGCAGGUGAGUGGUUUCUUUACUGACAGUUGUGAGCUCGAAGAAACCCACUUUCUGGUGCAAUGCCUGAGGGUGUGAGCACAGGAGGCUCUUACACGGUGUCUCUCUUUUGCCCUGGUGAUGAGCCUGUACGGUUGAUUUUCUCACAGCAAAUUCGUUUACCCGUUCAUGCAUCGUUAUCUCAUUAAUACUGAACACAAGUCCGUAUUCCAAGAAUAAAUUAAACUUUAGUCCAAGUUAUUUAUCACCAGGUCCUGCAAUGAUUCAAAGAUGUAGUGCAUCUCACUACCAGAGGAUAACAAUCACAACCUACUCACAUAAAAACUAGAUGCUGACUGCCAAAGAAACGGCAUAGACAGUAUAGACACAGCAUCGCAGGGUCAUCACAUCACAAGUAGUAGCAAGCGUCAGGGUGCCAAACAUGUUCCCCAACGAACCACAAUAUCCAUUCUCAAAACCCUGGUAUGUCUUGGGGACUGCAGUUCACAGCAGGGGAGGCAAUGAAGAGGCUCAUGCCUCUGUCUACCAUUGUCAUGAUUCCCUAAGUGGUUUUCAACUGGGGCUCCUCAAAAUUCCUUUAAUGUUUCCCCAAAAAUAUAUUGAAAUCUGCCAGUUGACUUUUUAUAAAGCAGAAGUGGCUGCUAAGAAGGAUGUGGACCGGCCGUACAAUAGUUCAUCAUCAAUGGAAACCUAGAUUUAGGUGGUAGCCCCAAGACAUGUAAAGUUUGGUAGCCCCAAGACAUGUAAAGUUCACAACAAUAUCCAGGUUGUACCCCUCAAUGCCAAAGGUGGGAGGAGGGAGUCUUACACCAUGAUGCAACCCCCCUCUAACUGAUGAACAACGCUCGAUGCUGCUGGGUGCUGUCCAUGACUGGACAGGGGUAGAUAGUACUUGGGUUGGGUGCUGACCAUGACUAGACAGGGGUAGAUAGUACUUGGGUUGGGUGCUGACCAUGACUGGACAGGGGUAGAUAGUACUUGGGUUGGGUGCUGACCAUGACUGGACAGGGGUAGAUAGUACUUGGGUUGGGUGCUGUCCAUGACUGGACAGGGGUAGAUAGUACUUGGGUUGGGUGCUGACAAUGACUGGACAGGGGUAGAUAGUACUUGGGUUGGGUGCUGACAAUGACUGGACAGGGGUAGAUAGUACUUGGGUUGGGUGCUGACCAUGACUGGACAGGGGUAGAUAGUACUUGGGUUGGGUGCUGACCAUGACUGGACAGGGGUAGAUAGUACUUGGGUUGGGUGCUGACCAUGACUGGACAGGGGUAGAUAGUACUUGGGUGGAUGAGGUUAAGCUUUUUACCAAUUGUUGUUUUUAAAUGUAUAAUUUUCUGUAAUUGCUAAUUUUUAUGGGAAGCGCAGUGAGCCUGGCCCUAGACUGGGUUACUGCAGUGAGCCUGGCCCUAGACUGGGGUACUGCAGUGAGCCUAGCCAUAGACUGGGUUACUGCAGUGAGCCUGGCCCUAGACUGGGUUACUGCAGUGAGCCUAGCCAUAGACUGGGGUACUGCAGUGAGCCUGGCCCUAGACUGGGUUACUGCAGUGAGCCUAGCCAUAGACUGGGGUACUGCAGUUAUUCUAAGUGUAGCUUUUUAGGUUGCAUCUUCACAAAGCCCAAUGUUGAGUACCAUUGUGUCUUAGGCUUUGCCGGCAGACCGGCCAUGCUGAACUGCUUUCUGUCUAACCUGGUGUAGAGGAUGGCUGAUUAGUUACAUUUCUGUAGGCGGACAGGGAAGAAGUUGGCAAAGAGCAUGGGUAUGAGCAAACAGAUCUUGCUUCACUCUAUUGUUCAUUAGCAUAGCUAGGAUUGGUGCCGCCCAGGCGAGCCAAGUGUUUUCCCUUUCCAGGCCACUAUGUGCUAGUAGAUAUCAGUUGUUGAAGCAUUCUGUGCUGUACGUGUUUUUGGGGAUCAACAUGACAGGAAUGGUUCAUCCAGAGGGGGUAUGGGAUGCUGUUUGUUUUCUACGGGGAGUCUAUUUUUUUCUGCCUGAACGAGUCUAAUGCCUUUGAAAAGUCUAUGAAAGUAAUUCAGAAGACUUUAUCUUUGUGCUCGAUUUUAUUUUAAAUAAAUAUGAACUGAAUAAGAAUAUGUAGGAGUGGAGCUGCGCCAAAUGCCCCCACCCCCAUUAGAAAAACAUUGAAAACCCCUCUUCUAAGUGUUUAAACUGCUGUGCUGGUAUCUCAUACUGUUUUAUAUCAUAGCAUGAUGCACCUGUAUAAUACUGUAUACCAAUCAAAAUAAUAUCUGUGGUAUUUGGGGCUGAAAAAGUAUGUGUUGUCAAGUCAGUUUUGUGAAAAUGGUUGGAAGACAAGACAGCUGGGAGAGUUUACUGAGGUUCAUCGCCUCUUCUCAUUAUGUACAUAACUAGAGUGUACAAGUAUGCAACAUGACUGUUUUUAUUUCUACUUAAUGACCAUUCAGGGAGAGGUUAAGGAGACGAUUUUGAAGAUUAACUAAUGAUACAUUGGUGAUCACAAAAGGAUGUUUCUUUGUAAAAUUUUAAGUUUUGUCUGUGUAAUUUUAUAUGAAGUAAAUAUGAUUAUAUUAUUUUAAUGUAGAUUUUAAAAUUAAAAACAUAAUUGGUUGGGUAAAUCAUCAUUUGUUUUCUUUAUUUAACUCAGUAUUUUCAUUUUUUUUUUAAUAUAGAGAUGUGUACACAGGAAAACGAAUGCAACGUGUGAAUCACAUCUUAUGGUCCAUGGAUAACAAGUAUAUAUUAUCUGGCUCUGAUGAAAUGAACAUCAGGCUCUGGAAGGCAAAGGCUUCAGAGAAAUUGGGAGUGGUAGGUCAAAGACUAAUCAAAUCAAGUUGGCACAAAUGAUUACAUCUUUUUACCAACAAUUAUUUGUUUUGGUUUUGUUAUUGUUUGCAUGAAUUUAAUUAUACACAUAAAAAUAUGAAUCUUUCCCUAAAAUAGCAAUUCCUAUAAAACAAUUUUUUGAAUUUCUAAGUUUUGUUUGGUGGGGGGUUGUUGUUUUUUUUUUAAUAUUUCCAAUGGAUCCGUCAAACUCUGAUAAGAGUAAAAUGUCUUGUACAAUCAAAUUUGAGUUGUCCAAGACUUAUGGAGGCUGGUUAAACAAUUAGACUGUGAAGGCAUUAAUACAGACAUUAUUCGUGCAAAGUAAAUGAUAAGUUUAAAAAAUUAACAAAUGUAUCAGUUGCUCAGGGAAUGAGUUUAAAUUAACGUCUAUGUGUAUUUUUUUUCUAUUUUUGCAAUGGAUGUCUGUUUAGCUGAUCUUUCCAAUUCUCAGCUAAAACCAAGGGAGAGGACUGCCUUCAACACAGCUGAGACCCUCAAGAAGAUGUUCAAGGACCACCCUGAGAUUAAAAGAAUAUCCAGACACAGGCAUCUGCCUAAACUUAUCCAUCAGCAGAAGGCAGAACUCAGAGAAAUCAAGGAGUCUCAAAAGAGAAAGUAUGUUUGCGUAUGCAUUGUUGUCAUUAGUUGUAGCAAACACACUAUGAAACUAAAGUUAUAGUUAAUAUUUUUAAUCUUUGUAUUUAUAAAAAAAUUCUCUUUCACGAUUUCUUUGCCCUCAGCAGCUGCAACUGUUUAAGCAAUACCAUAUUUAUUUUGUGUAUUGUCAUACUGAAUGAAAAAUGUAUAGAACUUAAAAAAGGGAAAGUUUUAUUUCUAGGGAUUUUCCUCUUCCCAAAAGAAGUCACCUUACUUGGCCAUUGAGUCCAUUACAUCCUGGGAUUUUAAAAAAUCUUUUUUCAAAAGGCUAUGCUAUCAUUGAGUUCAAGAUCACCCUCUAUGAACAUCAAUAUUUGAUAUCUGAUGUUAAUAAAUCUUUUUUUACUUUGAUUUAAGUUUAACUUGUUCAAAACAUAUUUGGAUAAAAUGUAUAAUACCUUACUAACAAUGAUACUGAACAAAACUAUCACAAAGCCUCUUCCCAACCUUCUUUUAACUUCUUAAUUUAAUUCUCCUAGAUUGAAUGAAUUAAGGUUAAAACUGAUAUAAAUACAUGAACACAUCUGUAACUAACAAGUUUUUUCCUCGCAGGGAGAGCAAUCGCAGAUUUCACAGCAAACCUGGUUCUGUCCCUUUCAUACCAGACCGGAAAAAACAAGUGGUGGAAGUCAAAGAAUAACUAUUUAUGGUGCAUUUGUGUGUGUGUGCUUGUGUGUACCAGUGUGCGAUUGGAAGCAAAUAUUGUUUGUGAAUGAAAUUGAGUUUUGAUCUCAUUGAUGGAAGAAGUGGGGAAUAAAUCAUUCAACAAAAUGAAUUUGCAGUUUUGUUUAUCAUCUUUUACAUUGUGCCUCUCUGCAUGUUUUAAGGAAAGUGCAAUCCCAGUCAAAAUAUGUUAGUUCCUUGAACAAGAG